AAUACGGUCCGUUUACGGUGUCGUAUGAAGCAAAUUUACGGUGAAAAUACGGAUAGCCGUAUCCAUAGACUUGGGAUGGAAACGAUGAUGAUAUACAAUCGUGUUCACAACAAUGGACAAAAUAUCCUCAAUUUAAGGGCGACUAAAGAUUUUAUUUUUAUGUAUUUAUGUAUUUAUCUAUUUAUUUAUUUUUCAAUAAAUGUAGCAAUUAUGAAUGAAUCUUUUUUUUGAUAAUACUUUCAAUUUCAAAAAUUUCCUUCUAGAAUUCAUGAUGAAUUUCCAGAAUGCUCCAAUUGUUUCAUCAUUUUCAAUAUCAACAACAGCAACAACAACAAUUGAUAAUCAAAUAAAGAAUAAUUUAAUUGGAAGAUCACUAUGGUUACCACAUUUACCAUCAAAAUUUAAAGAUAAACAAAUUUUACAAAAAGAAAAAUUAAAAUUAAUUGCAAAAAAAAAAUAAAGCAGCUACAGCAUAAACAUCAAUAUUAAAAAAAAUUAAAAUUUAUUUACGGAUCUUAUACAUACAUCAAAAUCAACAUUAACAAUACAAUAAUCAACAAACAUUAUCAACAAAUCGUACAUUAACAAAUAAUAAAAAUCAUAUUGAUGAUGAAAAUCUUGAACAACAACAACAAAUAAUAACAAUUGAUGAUAUAUUAAGACAAAUAUCAAAUAUUAUUCAACAUGGAGAAUAUUUACCAUUAUAUCAAUUUAUAAUUGAUCGUUUAUCAGGUGGUGGUAGAAGUUAUUUUGUUUUAGAUUUUGGACAACAAGUUACAUUAACUGAUAUAUUAGUACCAUCAUGUCAUCAAUUAGCAUCAUUGACUUUUGAUUUUUGGUCAUAUGGUCAACAUAUUGAUUGUCAACGUUUAUUUUCUUCAACACAUAUCAAAUCAACCAUUUUCUUUUUUACAUGA